AUGGAUGGAUGGAUGGAGGAUGGAUGCACAUACGCAAGAGCAGCAGCUCGCCAGAUCGACGGGAGAUACCUCACCAUCUCUCCAUGUCCUGGUCACGGCGGCAUCUGCACGUCACUUUACUGCUUCAACCCCCCCUUGUUGUCCAUACUACUCAUUCUAUAUUACAGCACCAUCCUUUGUACAUAG